AUGGGCAACAGGCUUAGAAGUCAUAAAACUAGUAAUGAGCACUUUAUUUGCAUGAGCAAAUGGAUUGAAUUGGAAAGUAGAUUGAAGAAGAAUGAAAUAAUUGAUAGAAGUGUUCAAAAACAAAUCAACAAAGGGAGGGAACACUGGAGACAAGUGUUACUAAGGAUAGUUGCUAUUGUGAUCACUCUUGCUAAAAAUAAUUUAGCUUUUCGUGGAGACAAUGAGAAGAUUUAUCAAGAAGGAAAUGGAAUCUUUUUAAGCUUAAUUGAAAUGCUUGCUAAAUUUGAUCCAGUAAUGCAAGAGCACAUUCAACAUGUUAGUCAUGAAGAACAAAUGUCUCUUGUGAUAAGAUGUGUAGAUGUUUCAACUAGUCCGGUAAAGGUAGAAGAAUUCUUUUUAGAAUUUUUGAAAGUGGAUGAUACAUUGGGGUUGGGACUUUUUAAUGUACUUAGAGAGGCAUUGCACACACUCCAGCUUGAUAUUGGUGAUAUAAGAGGGCAAGGAUAUGAUGAUGGCUCUAAUAUAAAAGGGAGACACAAAGGUGUACAAAAAAGAGUACUUGAAAUAAAUCCAAGAGCAUUCUACACGCCAUGUGGGUGUCAUAGUCUUAAUCUUGCCCUUUGUGAUAUGGCUACCUCUUGUUCCAAAGCUAUCUAUUUCCUUAGAGUGGUACAACGCAUAUAUGUGUUGUUUUCAUCUUCUAUAAAGAGGUGGAAAAUUUUCAAAGACAAUGUGGAAGGUCUCACACUUAAGCCAUUAUCACAAACUCGUUGGGAAAGUCGCAUUGAAAGUGUUAAAGCUAUACGGUACCAAGCUCCACAAAUUAGAGAUGCUUUAAUUCAGUUGGAAAAAGAAGCUGAUGAUCCCAAUACAAAGUGUGAAGCUGAAUCCUUAGUUACAUCUGAAAUUGAGAACUUUGAGUUUUUGCUUGGCAUGAUUAUUUGGCACAAUCUGUUGUUUGCUGUUAAUUCUGUUAGCAAGACAUUUCAAGCUGAAGACAUGCAUAUUGAUGCUGCUAUACAUCAAUUAAAAGGACUCAUUACAUUUCUUGAAAAGUAUAGAGAAACUGGAUUUUUGGAGGCCAUGAUUGAAGCUAAAAAAGUUGCAAUUGAAAUGGAGAUCGAGCCUACAUUUCGUGAAAGACGUGUCAUUCGUAGAAAGAAACAUUUUAAUGAGAAUGUUAGUGAAGAGGUUGCACAAUCAGCUGAAGAAUCCUUUAGAGUUAAUUAUUUCAUAUAUAUAAUAGAUCAAGCUCUUUCUUCAUUUAAGAGUAGAUUUGAACAAUUUCAAAUAUAUGAUGAAACUUUUGGAUUUUUGUUUGAAUUGAAGAAGUUAAAUUCUACCAAUGAUGAGUGCUUGAAGACUUAUUGUGCUAAUCUUGAAGACUUUUCGAAACAUGAUGGGCUUAUGGAUGUUGAUGGGAGAGAUUUAUUUUCUGAGUUGAAAGUCUUCAAAGAAAUUUUGCCAAAAGAAAUCAAUAGGCCAAUUGAGGUGAUGAAUUAUUUGAAAUUGAUGGAUGGUUGUUUUCCAAAUACCUGGAUUGCGUAUAGAAUAUUAUUGACUAUUCCAGUUACCGUUGCCUCUGGAGAAAGAAGUUUUUCAAAGUUAAAAUUGAUCAAAUCCUACCUUCGAUCAACAAUGUCACAAGAAAGAUUGAAUGAAUUAGCUAUAUUGUCUAUUGAAAAUGAUUUGGUAGAUAAAUUAGAUUAUACAAACUUAAUUAGUGAUUUUGCAGCUAAAAAUGCAAGAAGAGUAGUAUUUAAGCGAUCGUUGGGUUAA